GAUGAUGCUGUGAGCAUUGAGAGCGGUACUAACACCGAGCGCCCUGAUACGCCAACAAACACUCCUAAUGCACCAGGAAGGAAAAGCUGGGGGAAAGGAAAAUGGAAGUCGAAGAAGUGCAAAUAUUCCUUCAAAUGUGUAAAUAGCCUCAAGGAGGACCAUGGCCAGCCUCUGUUUGGAGUCCAGUUUAACUGGCACAGUAAAGAAGGUGAUCCUCUUGUUUUUGCCACUGUAGGCAGCAACAGAGUUACUUUAUAUGAAUGUCAUUCCCAAGGAGAAAUCCGUCUGUUGCAGUCUUAUGUGGAUGCUGAUGCAGAUGAAAAUUUCUAUACCUGUGCAUGGACAUAUGAUAGCAAUACAAGCCAUCCUCUUCUGGCUGUGGCAGGAUCCAGGGGUAUUAUUAGGAUAAUUAAUCCCAUUACAAUGCAGUGCAUAAAGCACUACGUGGGCCAUGGAAAUGCAAUCAAUGAAUUGAAAUUCCAUCCAAGAGAUCCAAAUCUUCUUUUAUCUGUAAGCAAAGAUCAUGCAUUGAGACUGUGGAACAUCCAGACAGACACGCUGGUUGCAAUAUUUGGAGGAGUAGAAGGGCACAGGGAUGAGGUGUUAAGUGCAGAUUACGAUCUUCUUGGUGAAAAGAUCAUGUCCUGUGGGAUGGAUCACUCUCUAAAACUCUGGAGAAUUAAUUCAAAGAGAAUGAUUAAUGCUAUCAAAGAGUCUUAUGAGUACAACCCAAACAAAACCAACAGGCCUUUUGUUUCCCAGAAAAUUCACUUUCCUGACUUUUCUACAAGAGACAUACAUAGAAACUAUGUUGACUGUGUACGGUGGCUGGGAGACCUAAUUCUUUCCAAGUCUUGUGAAAAUGCCAUUGUUUGCUGGAAGCCUGGCAAGAUGGAAGAUGAUAUUGAUAAAAUCAAGCCCAGUGAGUCAAAUGUGACCAUUCUUGGGAGAUUUGACUACAGCCAGUGUGACAUAUGGUACAUGAGAUUUUCAAUGGAUUUCUGGCAAAAGAUGCUUGCUCUGGGCAAUCAGGUUGGCAAACUUUAUGUUUGGGAUUUAGAAAUAGAGGAUCCACAUAAAGCCAAGUGUACAACUCUUACUCACCCUAAAUGUGUUGCUGCCAUCCGACAGACCAGUUUUAGCAGGGACAGCAGUAUCCUUAUAGCUGUGUGUGAUGAUGCCAGUAUCUGGCGCUGGGACAGAUUACGAUAAAGUACUUUUUCUUAAUUCAUAGAAGAAAAUAUAUUUUCAAAUUAUAAUAUAGUCUGUUAACAUGCUAGUACAGUAGAUGCAUUUAGUGUAGACUCUCUUGAAGGUUCAGCAGGCUGGAGCUGGACUUAGUGAUGUUUACAUUCUCUGUAUUGUUCUGCUUGAAAUUGCUGCUUUUAAUAAAAAGAAGUAUUUUUGUAAAGUUUUCUGAA